AGUCAUAUACAUACACCCCCGAAAUAGCACCUUUAUGCCGCACCAACCAUUUCCUUUUAAUUCCUCAUAUCUCCUAAACAAUUCAAUAUUCACACUCACCCCACUCUACAGUCUACACUAACAAGUUUUUGCACCAUCUAAAUUAUUUUUCCACACAUACAAACCCAAAAAAUUAAUCAUCAUCACCCAAAUUUCAUAUUCCCUCCCACUACCUCAACAUCAUCAAACAUGCCAAAACCAAAACCUUUCCUCAUAUGUCUCCUCCUCACUCUCAUCACCAUUCCAAUACACUCAAUCCCAACCACUUCAAAACUAGAACAAAGAACCUUCAUUAUUAGAGUAAACUAUGAAGCUAAACCCUCAAUUUUCCCUUCUCAUCAACAUUGGUAUCAAUCAUCCUUAAAUUCAAUCUCAUCAUCCCUGAACCCACCAAAACAAAUCCAAAUCCUCCAUACUUAUGACACUCUUUUUCAUGGUUUCUCUGCUCAUUUAACAGACCCAGAAGCUAAUCUCCUCUCUAAACAACCUCAUAUUCUCGAUUUAAUCCCAGAACAAGUCCGUGAUAUUCACACCACUCGUUCCCCUCUCUUCCUCGGCCUCCAACCCUCCUCAAACACCUCCUCAUUACUAGAAGAAUCCGAUUUCGGGUCGGACCUUGUUAUUGGUGUUUUGGAUACCGGUAUUUGGCCCGAACACCCGAGUUUUAACGACCGAGAUCUCACCGCUAUUCCUGCUAAAUGGAGAGGGUAUUGCCCUUCUGAUUUCCCAUGCAACAAAAAAAUCAUCGGCGCUAGAUUUUUUUGUGAAGGGUAUGAAGCUACUAAUGGGAAAAUGAAUGGGUCUACGGAGAUACGUUCUCCGAGGGAUUCUGAUGGGCAUGGGACCCACACUGCCUCUAUUUCCGCCGGAAGGUAUGUGUUUCCGGCGGAUACUCUUGGGUAUGCUAAGGGUAUAGCCGCAGGAAUGGCUCCUAAGGCUAGAUUGGCGGUUUAUAAAGUUUGUUGGACUUCUGGGUGUUAUGAUUCCGACAUUCUUAAGGCGUUUGAACAAGCGGUGAUUGAUGGUGUUGAUGUAAUUUCUUUAUCAGUUGGAGGUGUUGUUGUCCCUUAUUAUUUAGAUACUAUUGCAAUUGCUGCUUUUGGGGCUGUUAAAAAUGGUGUAUUUGUCUCUGCUUCUGCCGGAAAUGGUGGACCCGGCGGUUCCUCUGUUACGAAUGUUGCUCCGUGGGUUACAACCGUCGGUGCUGGUUCGAUUGAUAGGGAUUUUCCGGCUGAGGUUUUGUUGGGUAAUGGUAAAAGGGUGUUGGGUAUGAGUGUUUAUAGUGGGCCCGGGUUUCGGCCCGGGAAGUUGUACCCUAUUUUUUAUGCUGGUAAUAGGGAUGGUGGUGGUGGUAGUGAAGGGGGUGAUGGGUAUUCGGGUUCUUUGUGUUUGGACGGGUCGUUGGAUCCGGAUUUGGUUAAAGGAAAGAUUGUGUUGUGUGAUAGAGGGAUUAAUUCUAGAGUUGCUAAAGGACAAGUUGUUAAAGAUGCGGGUGGCAUUGGAAUGAUUCUUGCUAAUGCUGUUUUUGAUGGUGAAGGAUUAGUGGCUGAUUGCCACGUGUUGCCUGCCACUGCCGUUGGAUCUGCUAGUGGUGAUGUCAUUCGAAGGUAUAUUGGUAGUAGUUUGAAAAAAUCAGUUGUACCGACGGCUACAAUAAUUUUUCAUGGUACACGUGUUGGGGUUCGGCCCGCUCCGGUAGUUGCCGCGUUUUCAGCCCGUGGCCCGAACCCACAAACUCCUGAGAUUCUGAAGCCUGAUUUAAUUGCACCCGGGUUGAAUAUAUUAGCCUCAUGGACCCAACGGAUAGGUCCGUCGGGUUUGACUGUGGAUAACCGACGGGCUGAGUUUAAUAUAUUGUCGGGUACCUCAAUGGCUUGUCCUCAUGUGUCGGGGCUUGCUGCCUUGUUAAAGGCAGCUCACCCUGAAUGGAGUCCGGCUGCCAUCAGGUCUGCCCUUAUGACCACAGCUUACACGGUGGACAACCAGGGCGGUAUCAUGAAAGAUGAAUCAACCGGGAAUGAGUCCACCGUGAUGGAUUAUGGGGCGGGUCAUGUCCACCCACAAAAAGCGAUGGACCCAGGUUUAGUUUACGACCUUACGACCUAUGAUUACAUAGACUUCCUUUGUAACUCUAAUUAUACAAUCAACAACAUUGAGCUAAUAACCAAGAAAAAAAGGGACUGUCGAGACGCCAAACGGGCGGGUCACGUGGGUAACUUGAAUUACCCAACAAUAUCAUAUGUUUUUGUACAAUAUGGACAACAUAAAAUGUCUAGCCAUUCUAUAAGAAUUGCAACAAAUGUAGGAGAUCCAACAUCAGUUUAUAAAGUCAAGAUCAAUCCGCCCAUGGACACAAAUGUGACUGUGGAACCUGAGCAGCUCAGUUUCAGACGGGUCGGACAGAAACUGAACUUUUUGGUUCGGGUUCAGGUUGAGUCAAUCAAACUAUCCGCCGGGUCAUCCGUAACAAAAAGUGGGUCCAUAGUAUGGUCUGAUGGGAAGCAUACGGUAACAAGUCCAUUAAUUGUAACAAUGCAGCAACCACUUUAAGUGUACAUGUAUCAGUUUUUGUAAUAUGUAACUUUUUAGUAUUAUUUUUUUUUGCUCAAAA